ACAAGGAUGAUUGUCUUCCAUGACUGCCUUAUCAGUGUGUCCGUAGAUGGCUGAUGAGGCCUAUCGAGGAUCAACAGACAAUGCUACAACUUGGACACGUGUUUCCAUGUGAGGACGAUGAAGUGGUUUUGCAGUGCACUGCAACUGUUCACAAGGAACAACAGAAACUGUGUCUUGCUGCAGAAGGAUUUGGCAACAGACUCUGUUUUCUGGAAUCCACUUCAAAUUCUAAGAAUGUUCCACCAGAUCUCUCCAUUUGUACUUUUGUGCUGGAACAGUCCUUGUCAGUGCGGGCUCUUCAAGAAAUGCUGGCAAACACUGAAGAAAAAGCAGAAGGGCUAGUUGAUGUUGAAAAAUGGAAAUUUAUGAUGAAGACUGCGCAAGGUGGGGGUCAUCGAACGCUCCUGUAUGGACAUGCGAUAUUACUGCGCCAUUCAUACAGUGGCAUGUAUCUUUGUUGUCUCUCCACCUCUCGAUCAUCAAUGGAUAAAUUGGCGUUUGAUGUGGGAUUGCAAGAAGACACAACAGGUGAGGCCUGCUGGUGGACCAUCCACCCUGCCUCCAAACAACGAUCAGAGGGAGAAAAAGUGCGUGUUGGAGAUGACCUCAUCUUAGUCAGCAUCUCCUCAGAAAGAUACUUGCAUUUAUCUUAUGGCAAUGGUAGCUUACAUGUUGAUGCAGCCUUCCAGCAGACACUUUGGAGUGUAGCACCAAUCAGUUCAGGAAGCGAAGUGGCCCAAGGGUAUCUGAUAGGAGGUGAUGUGCUGAGGUUAUUGCAUGGUCAUAUGGAUGAAUGCUUGACUGUUCCAUCAGGGGAGCAUGGAGAAGAACUGCGAAGAACCGUCCACUAUGAAGGUGGUGCUGUGUCGAUUCAUGCUCGUUCCCUCUGGCGACUAGAGACUCUAAGAGUUGCGUGGAGUGGAAGCCACAUCAGAUGGGGACAGCCAUUCAGACUAAGGCAUAUAACAACAGGGAAGUAUCUGAGCCUCCUGGAUGACAAGAGUCUGCUUCUCACAGACAAAGAGCAAGCUGAUGUGAAAUCUACAGCAUUUUGUUUUCGGUCCUCCAAGGAAAAAUUGGAUGUAGGGAUAAGAAAAGAAGUGGAUGGAAUGGGAGCACCUGAAAUAAAAUAUGGUGACUCUGUAUGUUAUAUACAACAUAUAGAUACGGGCCUGUGGCUCACAUACCAGUCUGUGGAUGCGAAGUCUGUAAGGAUGGGAUCAGUGCAACGCAAGGCUAUAAUGCAUCAUGAAGGCCACAUGGAUGAUGGUUUGACAUUGUCCAGAUCUCAGCACGAAGAGUCCCGUACAGCAAGAGUUAUCCGUAGUACAGUCUUCCUCUUCAACAGGUUUAUAAGGGGCCUUGAUGCUCUCAGCAAGAAAGCAAAGUCUUCCACGGUUGACUUGCCUAUUGAGUCAGUCAGCCUAAGCCUUCAGGACCUGAUUGGCUACUUUCACCCACCUGAUGAGCAUUUAGAGCAUGAAGACAAACAAAACAGGCUAAGAGCAUUGAAAAAUCGACAGAAUCUCUUCCAGGAAGAGGGUAUGAUCAACCUUGUUCUCGAAUGUAUUGAUCGCUUACAUGUUUACAGCAGUGCAGCUCACUUUGCUGAUGUAGCUGGGAAGGAAGCAGGAGAGACCUGGAAAUCUAUUCUAAACUCUUUGUAUGAGUUAUUAGCGGCUCUGAUUAGAGGGAAUCGCAAGAACUGUGCUCAAUUUUCUGGUUCUCUUGACUGGUUGAUCAGCAGAUUAGAAAGACUAGAAGCCUCCUCUGGAAUUCUAGAGGUUUUGCACUGUGUGUUGGUGGAAAGCCCAGAAGCUCUAAACAUUAUUAAGGAAGGACAUAUUAAAUCAAUUAUAUGCCUUCUCGACAAACAUGGAAGAAACCAUAAGGUUUUAGAUGUCUUGUGCUCUCUCUGUGUAUGCCAUGGAGUAGCUGUGCGGUCCAACCAACAUUUAAUCUGUGACAACCUCCUACCAGGAAGAGAUCUUCUCCUACAGACACGCCUUGUCAACCAUGUGAGCAGCAUGAGACCCAACAUCUUCCUUGGGAUCAGUGAAGGCUCUGCCCAGUACAGAAAAUGGUACUAUGAACUUAUGGUUGACCACGUGGAGCCUUUUGUAACAGCAGAAGCAACUCAUCUACGAGUGGGCUGGGCUUCAACUGAGGGCUAUUCACCGUACCCUGGAGGAGGCACAGAAUGGGGUGGAAAUGGUGUUGGUGAUGACCUCUAUUCUUAUGGAUUUGACGGUCUUCAUCUGUGGUCAGGUUGUGUAGCCCGGACAGUAAAUUCUCCCAAUCAGCAUCUGCUAAAAACUGAUGAUGUGGUCAGCUGCUGCUUAGAUCUGAGUGCCCCAAGCAUCUCAUUCCGGAUUAAUGGUCAGCCAGUUCAAGGAAUGUUUGAGAAUUUCAACAUAGAUGGGCUCUUCUUUCCAGUUGUCAGCUUCUCUGCAGGAAUAAAGGUACGUUUCCUACUUGGAGGCCGCCAUGGAGAAUUCAAAUUCCUCCCUCCACCUGGGUAUGCUCCUUGCUUUGAAGCUGUUCUGCCAAAAGAGAAGCUAAAAGUAGAACAGAGCCGAGAAUACAAACAAGACCGCAAUGGCACAAGAGACCUGUUGGGUCCAACCAUCUCUCUGUCACAAGCAGCCUUCACACCAAUUCCUGUAGAUACUAGUCAGAUUGUAUUACCUCCUCACCUGGAAAGAAUUAGAGAAAAAUUAGCAGAGAACAUCCAUGAACUUUGGGUCAUGAAUAAAAUUGAACUUGGAUGGCAGUAUGGCCCUGUGAGAGAUGACAACAAAAGACAGCACCCAUGCUUAGUGGAAUUUUCAAAGUUGCCAGAGCAGGAAAGAAAUUAUAAUUUACAAAUGUCGCUUGAGACACUGAAGACCCUCUUAGCAUUAGGUUGUCAUGUUGGAAUUACAGAUGAACAUGCCGAAGAAAAAGUGAAAAAAGUUAAACUUCCUAAGAAUUACCAGUUGUCAAGUGGAUACAAGCCUACUCCCAUGGAUCUGAGCUUUAUCAAGCUGACCCCCUCUCAGGAAGCUAUGGUGGAUAAAUUAGCAGAGAAUGCUCAUAAUGUGUGGGCAAGGGACCGUAUCAGGCAGGGUUGGACAUAUGGUAUUCAGCAGAGCCAACCAGCCAGCCAGCAGAGAGAGCACAAGUUAACUAAUAAACCCUGUUCCCAGAACUGUGCUGACAUCAAUGAUGACACUGAUCACAAACAAGAUGUGAAGAAUCGCCGGAACCCCCGCCUUGUCCCAUAUGCUCUUUUGGAUGAUCGUACCAAGAAAUCAAACAAAGAUAGCCUCCGGGAGGCAGUACGCACCCUUCUUGGGUAUGGUUACAACCUUGAAGCCCCUGAUCAAGAUCACGCUACAAGAUCAGAUGUGUGCAGUGGGAUAAUGGAAAAGUUCCGGAUCUUCCGCACAGAGAAAACUUAUGCAGUGAAGGCUGGCAAGUGGUAUUUUGAGUUUGAGGCAGUCACUGCGGGAGACAUGAGGGUUGGCUGGACCAGGCCAGGCUGCCUACCAGAUCAAGAACUUGGUGCAGAUGAACAAGCUUUUGUCUUUGAUGGUUUCAAGGCCCAGCGGUGGCACCAGGGAAAUGAGCAUUUUGGCCGCUCUUGGCUGGCAGGGGAUGUUGUGGGAUGCAUGGUUGACAUGAAUGAGCAUACCAUGAUGUUCACCUUGAAUGGUGAAAUCCUGCUUGAUGACUCUGGAUCAGAGCUUGCAUUCAAGGACUUUGAGGUUGGUGAUGGAUUUAUACCUGUGUGCAGCCUGGGUUCGUCUCAAGUGGGAAGAAUGAACUUUGGCAAAGAUGUCAGCACCUUGAAAUAUUUCACUAUCUGUGGCUUACAAGAAGGUUAUGAACCCUUUGCGGUUAAUACAAAUAGAGACAUUACCAUGUGGCUGAGCAAGAGACUUCCUCAGUUUCUACCAGUGCCACCAAAUCAUGAACACAUUGAGGUCAUGAGAAUAGAUGGCACCAUAGACAGCUGCCUCUGUCUGAAGGUCACACAGAAGUCCUUCGGUUCACAGAACAGCAAAACAGAUGUUAUGUUUUUUCGCCUGAGCAUGCCUAUCGAAUGUGCAGAAGUAUUCUCCAAAACACCUGCAGGAGGGUUACCAGGCUCUGGUCUUUUUGGCCCAAAGAAUGACUUGGAAGAUUAUGAUGCUGAUUCUGAUUUUGAAGUUCUGAUGAAGACUGCUCAUGGUCACCUGGUGCCUGAUCGGGUAGAAAGAGAAAAAGAAGCUGCAAAACCAGAAUUCAAUAACCAUAAAGAUUACACUCAAGAGAAACCUUCACGCCUUAAACAAAGGUUUAUGCUUAGAAGGACAAAGCCAGACUACAGUACAAGCCACUCUGCACGGCUCACUGAGGAUGUCUUAGCAGAUGAUAGAGAUGAUUAUGAUUACUUGAUGCAAACUUCUACGUACUACUAUUCAGUGAGAAUAUUUCCUGGGCAAGAACCUGCAAAUGUCUGGGUGGGCUGGAUUACAUCUGACUUCCAUCAGUAUGAUACAACCUUUGACUUGGACAGAGUUCGCACUGUUACUGUUACACUGGGGGAUGAAAAGGGAAAGGUUCAUGAGAGCAUCAAACGCAGCAACUGCUAUAUGGUAUGCGCAGGAGAGAGCAUGAGCCCUGGACAAGGCCGCAACAAUAAUGGACUGGAGAUUGGUUGCUUGGUUGAUGCUGCCAGUGGUCUGGUGACCUUCACUGCUAAUGGCAAAGAACUUAGUACCUACUAUCAGGUUGAACCAAGUACUAAAUUAUUUCCUGCAGUAUUUGCACAAGCUACAAGUCCUAAUGUUUUCCAGUUUGAAUUGGGAAGAAUAAAGAAUGUAAUGCCACUGUCUGCUGGCUUGUUCAAAAGUGAACACAAAAACCCAGUGCCUCAGUGUCCCCCACGUCUCCAUGUCCAGUUUCUGACCCAUGUGCUGUGGAGCAGAGUACCAAAUCACUUCCUCAAGGUUGAUGUCUCUCGUGUCAGUGAACGUCAAGGCUGGAUGAUACAGUGCUUGGAUCCAUUGCAGUUUAUGGCUCUUCAUGUUCCAGAAGAAAACAGGUCUAUAGAUAUUUUAGAGUUGACAGAACAAGAGGAAUUGCUGAAAUUUCACUAUCAUGCUCUUCGAUUGUAUUCAGCUGUUUGUGCUUUAGGGAACAACCGGGUAGCACAUGCUAUGUGCAGCCAUGUGGAUGAAUCUCAGCUCCUGUAUGCCAUUGAGAACAAAUAUAUGCCAGGCUUGUUACGUACAGGCUAUUAUGACUUACUUAUUGAUAUCCACCUCAACACCUAUGCCACUGCCAGAUUAAUGAUGAAUAAUGAAUUUAUUGUUCCGAUGACAGAUGAGACCAAGAGCAUUACUCUGUUUCCUGAUGAGAAUAAAAAACAUGGCCUCCCUGGUAUAGGGCUCAGCACCUCCUUGCGGCCUAGGAUGCAGUUCUCUUCUCCCAGCUUUGUAAGCAUUAGCAGUGAGUGCUAUCAAUUUAGCCCUGAAUUCCCUCUGGAAAUCUUAAAGGCCAAAACUAUAGAGAUGCUGACUGAAGCUGUUCAAGAGGGCAGCCUCCAUGUUAGAGAUCCAGUAGGGGGUUCUACAGAGUUUCUUUUUGUCCCGCUCAUCAAGCUUUUUUACACCCUGUUAAUCAUGGGAGUCUUCCAUAAUGGGGAUCUGAAGCACAUCUUGCAGUUGAUUGAGCCCAGUGUUUUCAAAGAAGACAUAAGCAAAGAGGAUGAAAAUGAAAUGCCAGAGAAGGAGCUGACUACAGAGGAGCUAAAGCCAGAGGGAGGAGAGGAAGAAGCCAGAGGAGAGCAAGUGCCGAAGGAAGGGCUUCUUCAAAUGAAACUUCCUGAACCUGUAAAAUUGCAGAUGUGUCACCUACUGCAAUAUCUGUGCGACUGCCAGAUACGUCAUCGGAUAGAAGCCAUUGUAGCAUUUUCUGAUGAUUUUGUAGCUAAGCUUCAAGAAAAUCAGCGCUUUCGUUACAAUGAAGUUAUGCAAGCCUUAAACAUGUCUGCUGCACUGACAGCCAGAAAAACAAAAGAAUUUCGGUCUCCACCUCAAGAGCAGAUAAACAUGCUUCUGAACUUUAAGGAUGAUAAAAGUGAUUGUCCCUGCCCUGAGGAAAUUCGAGAUCAACUUCUUGAUUUUCAUGAAGACCUAAUGACACACUGUGGAAUUGAACUAGAUGAAGAUGGAGCCCUGGAUGGAAGUAGUGAUUUAACCAUCAGAGGUCGUCUAUUGUACUUAGUCGAAAAAAUGACAUACCUGAAGAAGAAACAAACUGAGAAACCCACUGAUAAUCAUUCUAAAAAACCCUCCACUCUUCAACAACUGAUUUCAGACACAAUGGUACGCUGGGCCCAGGAGUCGGUAAUAGAGGAUCCUGAGUUAGUGAGGGCCAUGUUUGUUUUGCUGCAUCGCCAGUAUGAUGGUAUUGGUGGCCUGGUUCGAACCUUACCAAAGACGUACACCAUAAAUAGUGUAUCAGUAGAAGACACUAUCAACCUGUUAGCAUCUCUGGGCCAGAUCCGUUCUCUGCUCAGUGUCCGAAUGGGGAAGGAGGAAGAAAAGCUCAUGAUUCAUGGAUUAGGAGACAUCAUGAACAAUAAAGUGUUUUAUCAACAUCCUAAUCUUAUGAGAGCUUUAGGAAUGCAUGAGACUGUUAUGGAAGUGAUGGUAAAUGUACUUGGAGGAGGAGAAUCCAAGGAAAUCACAUUUCCUAAGAUGGUGGCAAACUGCUGUCGUUUUCUAUGUUAUUUUUGCCGCAUCAGCAGGCAGAAUCAAAAAGCUAUGUUUGAUCAUCUUAGUUAUUUGUUGGAAAAUAGCAGUGUUGGACUUGCAUCCCCUUCUAUGCGAGGAUCAACCCCUCUAGAUGUUGCAGCAGCAUCUGUGAUGGAUAACAAUGAACUUGCACUAGCUCUAAGGGAACCCGAUUUGGAAAAGGUAGUUCGCUAUCUGGCUGGAUGUGGUUUGCAAAGCUGCCCUUUGUUGAUUUCUAAGGGCUAUCCAGACAUUGGAUGGAAUCCAGUUGAAGGAGAAAGAUAUCUGGAUUUUCUUCGAUUUGCUGUUUUUUGCAAUGGAGAGAGUGUUGAAGAGAAUGCUAAUGUUGUGGUCAGGCUGCUUAUUCGUCGCCCUGAGUGCUUUGGUCCAGCACUGAGAGGUGAAGGAGGCAAUGGUUUACUUGCUGCCAUGGAGGAAGCUAUAAAAAUAUCAGAAGAUCCUACCAGAGAUGGGCCUUCCCCUAGUAAUGGAUCCUGUAAAACCCUUGAGAUGGAAGAACAAGAAGAUGACACAAUCCACAUGGGAAAUGCCAUCAUGACAUUUUAUGCUGCUUUGAUUGACCUCUUAGGACGCUGUGCCCCUGAAAUGCACCUAAUCCAUGCCGGCAAAGGGGAAGCCAUUAGGAUCAGGUCAAUACUGCGGUCUUUGAUUCCAUUGGAAGACUUGGUGGGUGUAAUUAGCAUUCCUUUCCACAUGCCAACAAUAGCGAAAGAUGGUACUGUGGUGGAACCUGACAUGUCUGCGGGGUUUUGCCCAGAUCACAAGGCAGCCAUGGUUUUGUUCCUUGACAGGGUCUAUGGAAUUGAGGACCAGGAUUUCCUUCUGCAUCUGCUUGAAGUUGGCUUUCUGCCGGAUCUCCGUGCUGCUGCUUCCUUAGACACGGCUGCUCUGAGUGCUACCGACAUGGCUUUAGCUCUGAAUCGAUACCUUUGCACUGCAGUGUUGCCUUUGUUGACCAGAUGUGCUCCUCUUUUUGCUGGCACAGAGCACCAUGCUUCUCUUAUAGAUUCCUUAUUGCAUACUGUAUACAGACUUUCAAAGGGCUGCUCUCUUACCAAAGCUCAGAGGGACUCCAUUGAAGAAUGUUUACUCUCCAUUUGUGGCCAGCUAAGGCCUUCCAUGAUGCAACACUUGCUGAGGAGAUUAGUGUUUGAUGUUCCUCUACUAAAUGAGCAUGCAAAGAUGCCUCUUAAGUUGCUGACAAAUCAUUAUGAAAGAUGCUGGAAAUAUUAUUGUUUGCCAGGUGGAUGGGGCAACUUUGGUGCAGCCUCUGAAGAAGAACUUCAUUUAUCCAGAAAAUUGUUCUGGGGAAUUUUUGAUGCCCUGUCUCAAAAGAAGUAUGAACAAGAGCUAUUUAAACUGGCCUUGCCUUGCUUGAGUGCAGUUGCAGGGGCUCUACCACCCGACUACAUGGAAUCAAAUUAUGUCAGUAUGAUGGAAAAACAAUCUUCAAUGGAUUCAGAUGGGAAUUUUAACCCACAACCUGUUGAUACAUCAAAUAUUACUAUUCCUGAGAAGCUAGAGUAUUUCAUUAAUAAAUAUGCAGAACAUUCACAUGAUAAAUGGUCCAUGGAAAAGUUUGCUAAUGGUUGGAUUUAUGGUGAAAUGUAUUCUGAGUCUGCAAAGGUGCAACCUUUAAUGAAACAAUACAAAUUACUAUCAGAAAAGGAAAAAGAAAUUUAUCGGUGGCCCAUCAAGGAGUCUUUGAAAACUAUGCUAGCUUGGGGAUGGCGAAUUGAAAGAACAAGGGAAGGAGACACUAUGGCUCUUUAUAACCGGACACGUCGCAUAUCUCAGACAAGUCAAGUUUCUGUGGACACUGCCCAUGGUUACAGCCCCCGAGCAAUUGACAUGAGCAAUGUAACUCUCUCCAGAGAUCUGCAUGCUAUGGCUGAAAUGAUGGCUGAGAACUAUCAUAACAUAUGGGCGAAGAAAAAGAAGAUGGAACUGGAAGCAAAAGUAGGAGGAGGCAACCAUCCUCUACUAGUUCCCUAUGAUACACUGACAGCCAAAGAGAAAGCAAAGGACAGAGAGAAAGCACAGGAUAUUCUGAAAUUUCUGCAGAUCAAUGGCUACGUUGUCUCCAGAGGAUUAAAGGAUCUGGAGUUAGACACCCCUUCCAUUGAGAAACGCUUUGCCUACAGUUUCCUUCAGCAGCUCAUAAGAUACGUGGAUGAAGCACAUCAGUACAUACUGGAGUUUGAUGGUGGCAGCAGAGGCAAAGGAGAACACUUCCCUUAUGAGCAAGAAAUCAAAUUCUUUGCCAAAGUUGUACUCCCUUUAAUCGAUCAGUAUUUCAAAAACCAUCGCCUAUAUUUCCUAUCUGCAGCAAGCAGGCCUCUCAGCAGUGGUGGCCAUGCCUCUAACAAGGAGAAAGAAAUGGUGACAAGCCUGUUCUGCAAACUUGGAGUUCUUGUCAGGCAUAGGAUUUCACUGUUUGGAAAUGAUGCAACUUCAAUAGUCAACUGUCUUCACAUACUGGGUCAGACCUUGGAUGCAAGGACUGUGAUGAAAACUGGUCUGGAGUCUGUUAAAAUGGCACUGAGAGCAUUUUUGGAUAAUGCUGCAGAGGAUCUGGAGAAAACAAUGGAAAAUCUUAAGCAAGGCCAGUUUACACACACCAGAAACCAGCCAAAGGGAGUAACACAAAUCAUUAACUACACCACAGUGGCUCUCCUGCCAGUGCUCUCUUCAUUAUUUGAACACAUUGGACAGCAUCAAUUUGGGGAAGAUUUAAUAUUGGAAGAUGUUCAAAUAUCUUGUUACAGAAUAUUGGCCAGUUUAUAUGCUCUUGGAACUAGCAAGAGCAUCUAUGUGGAGCGGCAGCGGUCAGCACUAGGAGAAUGCUUAGCUGCUUUUGCUGGUGCCUUCCCUGUGGCUUUUUUGGAAACUCAUCUAAAUAAACAUAAUACGUAUUCUAUCUACAAUACCAAAUGUGCAAGAGACCGAGCAGCCCUCGACUUGCCAAUGAGUGUGGAUGAAGUUUGUCCAAAUAUUCCUUCCCUGGAGAAGCUAAUGGAAGAAAUUGUGGAAUUGGCUGAGUCUGGUAUUCGGUACACCCAAAUGCCACAUAUUAUGGAAGUGAUACUGCCUAUGCUGUGUAGCUACAUGUCACAUUGGUGGGAGCAUGGGCCAGAAAAUAAUCCUGAAAAGGCUGAGAUGUGCUGCACAGGCUUGACAUCUGAGCACAUGAACACUCUGUUGGGCAAUAUACUGAAAAUCAUAUAUAACAACCUUGGUAUUGAUGAAGGAGCCUGGAUGAAGAGAUUAGCAGUGUUUUCCCAGCCGAUUAUAAGCAAAGCGAAGCCCCAGCUCUUAAAGACCCACUUUCUACCACUGAUGGAUAAACUGAAAAAGAAAGCAGCGAUGGUUAUAACAGAUGAAGAACAUCUAAGAGCAGAAGGCAGAGGUGACAUGUCUGAGGCUGAACUGCUCAUCCUAGACGAGUUCACCACUUUGGCAAGGGACCUCUAUGCCUUCUACCCUUUGUUGAUCAGAUUUGUGGAUUAUAACAGGGCAAAAUGGCUAAAAGAACCGAACCCUGAAGCAGAAGAACUGUUCCGUAUGGUGGCUGAUGUAUUCAUUUACUGGUCAAAGUCCCAUAAUUUCAAAAGGGAAGAACAGAACUUUGUGGUACAGAAUGAAAUCAACAAUAUGUCUUUUCUUAUUACUGACACCAAAUCUAAGAUGUCCAAGGCAGCUGUUUCUGAUCAGGAGAGAAAGAAAAUGAAGCGAAAGGGUGAUCGCUAUUCUACACAGACUUCUCUCAUUGUAGCAGCACUGAAGAGAUUACUGCCCAUUGGAUUAAAUAUUUGUGCACCUGGAGACCAGGAGUUAAUUGCACUGGCUAAAACCAGAUUCAGCAUGAAAGACACUGAGGAUGAAGUUCGGGAUAUUAUCCGUAGUAAUCUUCAUUUGCAGGGCAAGUACCAACACUUUUUUUUCAAGAAACUGAUGACAAAAUUCACUUUCAUUUUGACACGGAUGAAGAUCAAGUCACCAAAAUGUUUCUCCAGUCAUGUUAAUUCAAGCCUUGAUGUGUCUGCCACUCACGUCCAUAGAAAGCUACAUAUACAGAAAAGCUCUGCCCUACUAGAAAGCGGUGGGCCCUCUGUUCAAAAGAUGUCGCUGCCUGUGAUUAAAAAGUCCUUUGUGGAUUAUCCUUUCAUGAUGAUCCAAUCAAAUACUCACACCAGGACUGUGGAUAUGAAAGCUGUUAAGAAAUGGAAAAGCCUAAAAGUAGAAAGGAUACCUGCUAUUCCUGGCUUUCUAGUGUGCAGUAAGCUAUUACUGACUGAUUGUCUUGAGGAUCCUGCCAUUAGAUGGCAGAUGGCCCUUUACAAAGAUUUACCAAACAGGACUGAAAAUACCUCUGAUCCGGAUAAGACAGUGGAAAGAGUUCUUGAUAUAGCUAAUGUACUUUUUCAUCUGGAACAGAUAUCUUCUAAGAUGGUCCGAAGAUUUUUCCCUUGGGUGGAGCAUCCUCAGAGGUCCAAAAAGGCAGUGUGGCACAAAUUGCUCUCCAAACAGAGAAAGAGAGCUGUAGUAGCCUGCUUUAGAAUGGCACCAUUGUAUAAUCUGCCAAGGCAUCGAGCUGUCAAUCUUUUCCUUCAAGGUUAUGAAAAGUCUUGGAUUGAAACAGAAGAACAUUACUUUGAAGAUAAACUGAUAGAAGACUUAGCGAGACCUGGAGAGGAGCCACCAGAGGAAGAGGAAAGCAUUAAAAGAGUCGAUCCUCUUCAUCAGCUUAUCCUACUAUUCAGUCGAACAGCCUUAACUGAAAAAUGCAAAUUGGAAGAAGAUUUCCUGUAUAUGGCUUAUGCUGAUAUUAUGGCUAAGAGCUGUCAUGAUGAAGAGGAUGAUGACGGCGAAGAAGAAGUGAAGAGUUUUGAAGAAAAGGAAAUGGAAAAGCAAAAACUUCUGUACCAGCAAGCCAGACUGCAUGAUCGGGGUGCUGCGGAGAUGGUACUUCAGACUAUCAGUGCCAGCAAAGGUGAGAUGGGUCCAAUGGUUGCAGCUACUCUAAAGCUUGGAAUUGCCAUCUUAAAUGGAGGAAACUCUACAGUUCAACAGAAAAUGCUGGACUACCUCAAGGACAAAAAGGAUGUGGGUUUCUUUCAGAGCCUUGCUGGUCUUAUGCAGUUUUGCAGUGUUCUUGACUUAAAUGCUUUUGAACGUCAGAACAAAGCAGAGGGCCUCGGCAUGGUGACAGAAGAGGGAUCAGGAGAAAAGGUGAUGCAAGAUGAUGAAUUCACCUGUGACCUUUUCCGCUUUCUCCAAUUGCUUUGUGAAGGACACAAUUCAGAUUUUCAGAAUUAUUUGAGAACUCAGACUGGCAACAACACAACUGUCAAUAUUAUCAUCUCCACUGUGGACUACUUACUGAGAGUUCAGGAAUCAAUUAGUGAUUUCUACUGGUAUUAUUCUGGGAAGGAUGUUAUUGAUGAACAAGGACAACGUAAUUUCUCCAAAGCAAUUCAAGUUGCAAAACAGGUCUUUAAUACUCUCACAGAGUAUAUUCAGGGUCCAUGCACUGGGAAUCAGCAGAGUCUGGCGCACAGCAGGUUGUGGGAUGCAGUGGUUGGUUUUCUUCAUGUAUUUGCCCACAUGCAGAUGAAGUUAUCUCAGGACUCCAGUCAAAUUGAAUUAUUGAAAGAGUUAAUGGAUCUACAGAAAGAUAUGGUGGUCAUGCUGCUGUCUAUGCUGGAAGGUAAUGUUGUGAAUGGAACUAUCGGCAAGCAAAUGGUUGACAUGUUGGUAGAAUCGUCCAACAACGUAGAGAUGAUUCUGAAGUUUUUUGAUAUGUUCUUAAAACUAAAAGAUUUAACUUCUUCUGAUGCAUUCAAGGAAUAUGACCCUGAUGGCAAAGGUGUAAUUUCAAAGAGGGACUUUCAAAAGGCAAUGGAAAGCCAUAAGCAUUACACCCAAUCUGAAACAGAGUUUCUGCUGUCUUGUGCUGAGCCAGAUGAGAAUGAGACUCUGGACUAUGAAGAAUUUGUGAAACGGUUCCACGAACCCGCUAAAGACAUUGGUUUCAAUGUUGCUGUUCUCUUAACAAACCUGUCGGAGCACAUGCCCCAUGACACUCGCUUGCAGACUUUCCUUGAGCUAGCAGAGAGUGUUCUGAAUUAUUUUCAGCCCUUUCUUGGGCGUAUAGAAAUCAUGGGCAGUGCAAAGCGCAUUGAGCGAGUUUAUUUUGAAAUAAGUGAGUCAAGUCGGACUCAGUGGGAGAAGCCUCAGGUUAAAGAGUCAAAACGACAGUUUAUAUUUGAUGUAGUAAAUGAAGGUGGAGAGAAAGAAAAGAUGGAGCUUUUUGUUAAUUUCUGUGAGGAUACCAUCUUUGAAAUGCAGUUGGCUGCUCAGAUCUCUGAAUCAGAUUUGAGUGAGAGAUCAGCAAAUAAAGAAGAGAGCGAGAAAGAUAAGCUGGAGGAACAGGACCCUAGAAUGGGCUUUUUCACCCUUGUGACGGUAAAGUCAGCUUUAGUAGCCCUCAAGUAUAACAUAAUGACUCUCAUGAAAAUGCUCAGUGUGAAGAGUCUAAAGAAGCAGAUGAAGAAGAUGAAGAAAAUGACCAUGAAGGAUAUGGUUAUGGCUUUUUUUUCUUCCUACUGGAGUAUUUUGAUGGGCUUACUCCAUUUCACAUCUAGUGUUUUCCGGGGCUUCUUUCGCAUCAUGUACAGUUUAUUACUUGGUGGAAGCCUAGUAGAAGGGGCUAAGAAGAUCAAGGUGGCUGAACUUUUAGCUAAUAUGCCAGAUCCCACUCAGGAUGAAGUGCGUGGGGAAGGGGAAGAAGGAGAGAGGAAACCCACAGAAACUGCACUGCCUGCAGAAGAUCUGACAGAUCUAACAGCUUUGUCAGAUGAUGGUGACCUGCUCUCAGACAUAUUUGGCUUGGACUUGAAAAGAGAAGGAGGCCAGUAUAAGCUGAUCCCUCACAACCCAAAUGCUGGUCUGAGUGAUUUAUUGAGCACUCCUUCAUUGCUCCCAUUACCUGAGGUGCAAGAAAAAGUCCAGGAACAGAAGGUGAAAGAAGAUGAAAAGGAUGAGAAGGAAGAAACUAAAUCUGAACCUGAAAAAGCAGAGGGUGAAGAUGGAGAAAAGGAAGAGAAAACUAAAGAUGAGAAAGGGAAACAGAAGUUGAGACAGCUUCAUACACACAGAUACGGAGAACCAGAAGUUCAAGAAUCAGCCUUUUGGAAGAAAAUCAUAGCAUAUCAACAGAAACUUCUUAACUAUUUUGCUCGUAAUUUUUAUAACAUGAGGAUGUUGGCUUUGUUUGUUGCUUUUGCCAUCAACUUCAUCUUGCUCUUCUAUAAGGUCUCCACCUCUUCCGCGACAGAAGAAAAGGAAGUUCAUGUGGUACAUGCUGGUGAAAACUCCAAAUUAAACAGCCUAGAAAGUGGCUCUCACAGGAUUAUCACAGUGCACUACGUGCUUGAAGAAAGCAGUGGGUAUAUGGAGCCCACGCUGCGGAUCUUGGCUAUCCUACACACUGUCAUCUCCUUUUUCUGCAUCAUUGGAUACUACUGUUUGAAAGUUCCACUGGUUAUUUUUAAGCGAGAAAAAGAAGUUGCAAGGAAAUUAGAAUUUGAUGGGUUAUAUAUUACAGAACAACCAUCAGAAGAUGAUAUUAAAGGGCAGUGGGAUAGACUUGUUAUCAAUACACAGUCAUUUCCUAACAACUAUUGGGACAAAUUUGUUAAAAGAAAGGUUAUGGAUAAGUACGGUGAGUUUUAUGGCCGUGACAGAAUCAGCGAGUUGCUAGGAAUGGACAAAGCUGCUCUGGAUUUUAGUGAUGCCAGAGAAAAAAAGAAACCAAAGAAAGAUAGCUCCUUAUCUGCUGUGCUAAAUUCCAUUGACGUGAAGUAUCAGAUGUGGAAAUUGGGAGUUGUUUUCACUGACAAUUCUUUCCUUUAUCUAGCCUGGUACAUGACCAUGUCAGUCCUAGGCCAUUACAACAAUUUUUUCUUUGCUGCUCAUCUCCUUGAUAUUGCAAUGGGAUUCAAGACACUACGAACUAUCCUUUCAUCAGUGACCCACAAUGGCAAACAGCUUGUCUUAACAGUGGGAUUAUUGGCAGUAGUAGUAUACUUGUACACAGUAGUAGCAUUCAAUUUUUUCCGUAAAUUCUACAACAAGAGUGAAGAUGGAGAUAUGCCAGAUAUGAAAUGUGAUGAUAUGCUAACAUGCUACAUGUUUCACAUGUAUGUUGGAGUGCGUGCAGGUGGAGGAAUUGGUGAUGAAAUUGAGGAUCCAGCAGGAGAUGAAUAUGAAAUCUAUCGGAUCAUCUUUGACAUCACUUUCUUCUUCUUUGUAAUUGUCAUCUUGCUAGCCAUCAUACAAGGUUUAAUAAUUGAUGCUUUUGGGGAGUUGAGAGACCAACAAGAGCAAGUUAAAGAAGACAUGGAGACCAAAUGCUUUAUUUGUGGGAUAGGAAAUGACUACUUUGAUACAGUGCCGCAUGGCUUUGAAACACACACACUACAGGAGCACAACUUGGCCAACUAUCUGUUUUUUCUGAUGUAUCUCAUUAACAAAGAUGAAACAGAGCACACGGGACAGGAAUCCUAUGUAUGGAAAAUGUAUCAAGAACGGUGCUGGGAGUUUUUCCCUGCUGGCGAUUGCUUCCGAAAACAGUACGAAGAUCAGCUCAACUGAGAACAGAUGAGGACGUGCACUUGAAAAUACAUCCAUGCAUUUUCCAACUCCUUUGGGAAUGUUUAGCAGACUUCUUAAAUCUCAGAAGCUGUGUGCUUUUUGGAGCACCAAUGCUCUCUUCUCAAUGAUUUGACUGUGCUUUUAGUUUUUUGUGUAUAUGCUUUGAGAACACAGGAGUAAAGAACAAUGACAAUUUAAAACAGAAACUCUGGAAAAAAAAAAACAUUAAAAAAAUCCCCAUGCAUAACAUGCACACACAUACACAAAGAGACUUGAGAUGGUUUAUUUCCAAGACUGCCAGAAGACACCCUUGACUAUAAGAUCACACAUGGGGUCACGUGGUAGCGACACUCAUUCAAUCUGUUUAUUUCAUCAUUCUGGAAGGAACUAUAUAGUUCACAGAGCACUGUAAAAGAUUGUUGUGGACACUAAGUUGUGGGGAAAUAGUGCCUUACUAUAUGUGGGUUGAGCUAUGCAGAAGAUGAGUGCAUGAUGACAUCUUAUUUUUUCUUUCUGUCCUCCCUUUUCUUCCAAGUUAAUAUUAUUUUGUGUUUUAGUAGGUUUGGGAGGAAGGGGUUCGACUGUGCACACCUUUUUAAUAAGACUGGAGUGUCUCAGGACAAGAGUAGGUUAUUCUCAUCACGUUAAAUUCACAUUUACCUUCCUCUUUAGCUCUCGCUCUUAUUUUGGUAAUGCUCUGAUGCAACACUGCAACUUUAUGAAAUCUUUGUAUGACAACAAGACGACUGCAAAAAAAAACACUUUAAAAAGAAAUGUUUCAUUGCAUGUUUAUUAUGCAAGUUUAAAACAAAAAAGAAAAACAACCUUCAGAAGCAAGUUGAUCAACAUGAGAAAAAAACAUUCACAAAUAUAUUCAUAGUAAUAAAGUGUUGUGGGCUUUAUUGUACAUUUGGAACCAGUGUCAUCAGCCAACAAUGUAUAUGUUAUGAA